GGGCCAGAGACGCGACUCAUCGUGUGCCCGAUUCAUUUGCUUAGGUUUCUGGUAUCCUUGUCCAUAAAAAGGAGGAGAGGGUUCACUGAAUCCCUAAUCCUCCGAUUCUCGCUUCCUCUCACCGCCUGCGAUUCCUGCGGCUUGGAAAUGGCUGAGUCGAAGCCUGCCAUGAGGAAACCUGAGUUUACCAAGGUCGAUCAGCUUAGGCCUGGCACCAACGGCCAUACGCUCGUGGUUAAGGUGGUCGAUGCAAAGAUGGUGAUGGCAAAGGGGCGCCCGAAUGGGCCUCAGGUUCGUCAGAUGCGCUUAGCUGAAUGUUUGGUGGGAGAUGAAACUGGAAUGAUCAUCUUCACGGCCAGGAAUGAGCAAGUGGAUUUGAUGAAGGCAGAUACUACUGUAGUACUUAGAAAUGCAAAGAUCGACAUGUUCAAAGGAUCAAUGCGGCUUGCUGUGGACAAGUGGGGACGGAUUGAAGUCGCAGAUCCAGCUGAUUUCACAGUGAAACAGGACAACAAUCUAUCUCUGAUCGAGUUUGAGCUGGUGACUGUCGUGGAAGAGUGACCGAAAAUGGCCAGUUGAUGGUUACUGAAGCAGUUGUACUUUUAUGCUGAACCAAGACUUCUGAUAUCAUGUUAUACUCCAUCGGAUUCUUUAAACUUUCUCAACUGGAGUUUUAGGAAGGCGAGGUCAGGUGAAUCUGGGUGAUUAAACCUUAUAAGCUCAUUGUGUUGUGAAUUUGAGCAAAGAUGUCGACGAUAGCAUAAUUAUCUCUGAUUGCGAAAUUUAAACUUUGGGAGAUGUCAACUUGUUUCGUGUCUGAUCUAAACAAUUUUAUAUUAUGAAAGUAAAUUAUCUUAUUCUGCUUAAA